GCACCUCCUCCAUUCAUCAUGGUCUGGUGUUCCUGCUUUCUGUCGGAAGAAGAAAAAAAUGCUAUUGCAAUUGAUAAAGAAAUUAACCGACUUCUUCAAGAGCAAAAGAAGCGUGAAAAACAGGAGCUGAAGUUACUUUUGCUGGGUACUGGAGAGAGUGGGAAAAGCACCUUCAUCAAACAGAUGCGGAUAAUCCAUGGUGUGGGCUUCUCAGAAGAGGACCGGAAAGGGUUUGCCAAGGUGGUGUAUCAGAACAUCUUCUCAUGCAUACAGGCUAUGAUCAAAGCUAUGGAGACCCUUCAGAUCCCUUAUGCUCAGUCGGAGAACAUGCAAAAUGCUCAGCUGCUCAUGGGAGUGGAUGCUUACAAAGUGACUCUCCUGGAGCCACACUAUGUGAGGAUGCUAGAAAGUCUGUGGAAGGAUACCGGAAUCCGAACCAGCUACCAGAGGCGUAGAGAAUACCACUUGCUGGAUUCUACUUUUUAUUUCCUGUCCAACCUGGACCGGAUUGGGGCAGCAGGAUACAUUCCCAGUGCUCAAGACAUUCUAAGAACCCGUAUGCCGACCAGCGGCAUUAAUGAAUACUGCUUUUUGGUACAAAAGGUAACAUUAAGAAUAGUAGAUGUUGGUGGGCAGAAAUCAGAGCGCCGGAAGUGGAUCCACUGUUUUGAAAAUGUGAUCGCCUUAAUCUACCUGGCUUCCCUGAGUGAAUAUGACCAGUAUCUGGAGGAGAAUGACCAUGAGAACCGGAUGAGAGAGAGUCUUGACCUCUUCCGAACAAUCCUGGAGCUUCCUUGGUUCCAAUACACCUCCAUCAUCCUCUUCCUCAACAAAACAGACAUCCUGGAGGAGAAGAUCAUGAGCUCAGAUCUGGCCAGUUAUUUCCCCGGUUUCCCAGGUCCUAAGCAAGAUGCUCAAGCAGCCAAGGAGUUCAUCCUAGGAAUGUACAUGGAUGUCUACCAGCAUUUCUCAGACCCUAGCCAUAAUUUCAGUCUGCAGCUUUCCAAAGAUGUGUAUGGGCCCAGGAUCCUGUACCCUCACUACACCUGUGCCACGGACACACAAAACAUCUGUACAGUUUUUGAGGACAUCAAGGAUGUGGUGUUGGCCAGCUACCUGGAGGAAUUCAAUCUGUCCUAAAGGAUCAGUGGUGACAGACUUCACCAUGAAA